AAUACCCUUUAUUGAUCUGCACAGCACCGAGUGACCCGAUGGCAGGACCUUCCAUGUGUUCUGCUGUCAAACAUCCUGCAAGAGACACAACAAAGAAUCUUAGCAGCACAGAUGGUCAGAACUGUGAAAGGAGUGCAAGCUAAAAAUGAGACAGAAGUGACAGAAUUUAUCCUUCUGGGACUCUCAGACAAUCCCGACCUGCAGAACAUCCUCUUUGCAUUGUUUCUGGUGAUCUACAUGAUGACGCUUGUGGGUAAUUUGGGCAUGAUGGCACUAAUUAAGGUGGACCGCUCUCUGCACACACCUAUGUACUUCUUUCUCAGCAGCCUUUCCUUUGUCGAUGCCUCUUAUUCUUCUUCUGUCACUCCUAAGAUGCUGGUAAACCUCCUGGCUGAGGAUAAGAGCAUUUCUUUCAAUGGCUGUGCUGCCCAGUUCUUCUUCUUUGGCUCCUUCUUGGGUACUGAGUGUUUCCUGCUAGCCAUGAUGGCAUACGACCGCUAUGCAGCCAUUUGGAAUCCCCUGCUGUACCCAGUUCUCAUGUCUGGGAGAAUUUGUUUCAUGUUGGUGACUACUUCAUUCCUAGCAGGCUUUGGCAAUGCAGCCAUCCACACAGGGAUGACUUUCAGAUUGUCCUUUUGUGGCUCUAAUAAAAUCAACCAUUUCUACUGUGACACCCCACCCCUGCUCAAGCUUUCUUGCUCUGACAUCCAUGUCAAUGGCAUCGUGAUCAUGGCUUUUUCCAGUUUUACUGUCCUCAGCUGUAUUCUGAUUGUUCUCAUUUCAUACCUCUGCAUCCUCAUUGCUAUACUGAGGAUGCCCUCUGCAGAAGGAAGACACAAAGCGUUCUCUACCUGUGCCUCCCACCUCAUGGCUGUCACUAUCUUCUUUGGUUCUAUUCUCUUUAUGUACUUGCGGCCUACUACUAGCUACUCGAUGGAGCAGGACAAGGUUGACUCUGUGUUUUAUACAGUAGUGAUUCCCAUGCUAAACCCUCUCAUCUACAGUCUGAAAAAUAAAGAUGUGAAGGAGGCAGUGAGGAAAAUCAUACAGAAACGUGUGCUAUAAGUCUAUACUCUCCAUCCUUAGGCUGUGCAGGAUGUUGUAGAUUUUAAAAUUUGCUAUCUGAUUUAUUCAGUCGUUUCUAUGUAUUAAAGUUGAUAUAUUAGAAUUACAGAUACUUUUUUGAUACAGAAAAGAGACAUUUUCCUUAUAGCUCUGGAGGUCUGGGUAUACUGCUGACAUCAGCUUGGCUUGGGUAGUGACCUCAUGCAAGAUAUUACAGAUACUUCUUAAUCUCCUUUAUGUCAGAAAUAUGUUUUUGAACCCAUCUGAUAAAUACAAAUCAUAAAUAAAGUGUGUGUACUCUCUAGAAGAAUCAGAAAUUUUGCCAAGACAAUUUUUUUCAAUAUGAUAAAUGUCAUACAUGGAAAUUUACUAUGCAUUUUGAAUUGCCAAAACAUCAGUUAUAUGAUAAAUAUUUAAAUCAUGAUAGGCAAAUUUAACUAAUUUAUCAGAUAUGCAUUACCAAUAUCAUCCUCAUUUUUCUCACAUUGCACUCAUGAAUACCAUAUGUAAUUAAAAAUCUUAUCAAAUAUUAAGGUAUUUGAACAGCAGCCAUUAGAUGGAAAUAUUUUUAUCUACUAUAAUUUGAUCUCCUAAAGAAGCUAAAUAAGAAGGUGAUCCCAAAGAAAAACAUAUAGCUAUCCUCCUGAUUAUGGGAAGUAGACAAGAUUG